AUCCACAACGAGACUCCAUUUCAAUCCUGCACGCUGGCAAGCCCCUCCUCUCGAAAUGUCGAAAACGGUGUCACAUGACGGCUCCGGUGACUACCGCACCGUACAGGAGGCCAUCGACGCCGUUCCUCUCCGAAACAACUCACGCAUUGUGAUCCGUAUACUUCCCGGCAUCUACAACCAGCCCGUGUAUGUCCCCAAGACCAAGAACCUCAUCACACUCACGGCUUGGCUUCCGGAGGACACUGUGCUGACAUGGAACAACACCGCCACCAAAAUCGAUCACCACCAGAAUCCUGACAUAAUCGGAACCGGAACUUUUGCAUGCGGGAGCACAAUUGUGGAAGGAGAGGACUUCAUUGCUGAGAAUAUCACUUUCGAGAACUCCUCUCCUGAGGGCUCAGGCCAAGCUGUGGCAAUGAGAGUGACAGCGGACCGGUGUGCCUUCUAUAACUGCAGAUUCCUUGGAUGGCAAGACACCCUAUACUUACAUUAUGGAAAACACUACUUGAAAGAUUGUUACAUUGAAGGAAGUGUGGACUUCAUUUUUGGUAACAGCACAGCUCUUUUGGAGCAUUGCCAUAUCCACUGCAAAUCGGAAGGUUUCAUAACUGCACACAAAAGAAACACAUGCGAGGAGCCAACAGGGUAUGUGUUCUUAAGAUGUGUGAUCACCGGAAACGGAGGUAGUACUCCGUACGUGUUUCUGGGGCGACCUUGGGGACCUUGUGGAAGAGUGGUGUUUGCGUUUACGUAUAUGGAUGCUUGUGUGAAACAUGUAGGGUGGAAUAACUGGGAUAAAGUAGAGAAUGAAGGGAGCGCUUGCUUUAAUGAAUACAGGUGUUUUGGACCUGGGAGUUGCCCGGAGAAACGAGUGAGAUGGGCUAGACAACUGGUGUGUGAGGAAGCAGAUCAGUAUCUCAGGCAUUGUUACAUCGAUCCAGACCCCCAGAAGUCUUGGCUUGCUGAGAGAACGGCGGCCCUUAGAAUACCACAUUCUGCAUAG